GUUUCUCCCGGAAACGGAAGUCGUCUCUCGGGUAGAGACAGCAGCCUCGCUCGGUCGGUGACAGCAGCAACCGCUACCACUGACAGCUAACGUUAGCUCGGGUCUGGCCGCCGCGGGUUGGCUCGCUUCGUUUCUUUCUUCGUUUGGAAAAUAAACACUAUGGCGGCCGCGGAUCACCGAUUCUCGAGUGACGGCGGCCCGGCCAGCAGAGGAGGGUUCCCGGCCGGGGAGAGCAGCAACGACCGCGACGGUUCGGGUGGCGGCAGCGGGGAGAGCGAACGGGAGCGGGAUCGAGCCACCUUCGAGUGCAACAUUUGCUUGGACACUGCCAGGGACGCCGUCAUCAGUCUGUGCGGACACCUGUUCUGCUGGCCCUGUCUUCAUCAGUGGUUGGAGACGCGGCCCAGCCGACAGCAGUGUCCCGUGUGCAAGGCGGGCAUCAGCAGAGAGAAAGUAAUCCCACUGUACGGCAGAGGGAGCUCCAGCCAGGAGGACCCCAGGUUGAAAACUCCACCCCGGCCUCAGGGGCAGAGAACAGAGCCUGAGAGCAGAGGCGGGAUGUUCCGCGGUUUCGGGGACACCGGCUUCCACAUGUCUUUCGGCAUCGGAGCGUUCCCCUUCGGCUUCUUCACAACAGUCUUCAACGCCAACGACCCCUUCCACAGAGCAGAUCAGUACGUCGGUGACCACCAGGGCAACGGCAAUGGCAACGGCAACAACGGCAAUAACAAUUGGCAAGACUCUCUAUUCCUGUUCGUCGCCAUCUUCUUCUUCUUCUGGCUGCUAAGCGUGUGACGCAGACCUGGUGGCGGACACACGAGUGAUUAUUGAUGUCUGGGAGGGAGGGGCGCAUUAAACAAAAAAACAAAACGGCAAACACAACUCGCACACUUAACCCGAGCCACAGACACACACUCGCGUUCCAUUUUCUAACCGGAGGGGGUAGAGGGAGGUUUGUGUUUGAGACCAUGAAUACAGAAGUUUGAUUUUUCUCUUCCUCACUAUAUCAGAUCACUUCAGGACACUCGGCCCCACCCCUCUCCUCCACCUGCUCUUUAUUUAUGCAAGAAGUUCACUGGAAAGUAGUGCAGCGCAGAGUUAGCCCUCCCAGUGUGCACACAGCUGUAGAUGGAUGCACAGAGAGCAUAAAGAGGCAGUAUUACAUGAUCAGGGUGAGCUACGUCGCGAGAUCUUAUUCGUCUUUUGGUGUCCAGUGUUGCAGAAGAAGAAAGCUGGGUGGAGCAGUCUUUAGGAAAGUGGGUUUUCCUGAAGCACAGAGAGGAAGGGUGUGAGAGGGGUUAGAAUACAGGGAGGAGACGUUGUCGUAGAAUUGGCGACAGACAGAAGCGGCCCUGUGGGAUGCUUUUGUUUUGUUGUUUUUUUUCUUCUUCUUCUAAACAUUUGUCUUAACAAAAACUGCCUUCGCACUGUGAAGCUGUCUGUAGUCGGAGCUGCCCUACACUUUGGGGCGCGUGCCGUUGUCGCACCACUUGUUCCUUGUAGUUCCCUGCGUGUUUGGGGAAAAAUGGGCUGGUUAGGUUGUUUUUCAUGCCCACAUCAGCUACUUUAAAGAGUGUGAGGUGCACGGUUAACAAAAGGGGGCAGAAUAAAUCAAUAUGCAGGAUUGAAAAGCAGCAGUUUGGUCUCCUCACACAUGAUUGAAGAAAAAAAAAAAAAAAAA